UCCAAUGGCAUCCAGCAACAACGCCCACCCACCUUCACAACAACUUCAUCACACUCCUCCCUCACUUUUUCUUCAAUCUUUCUUCUCCCUCACGGAUUUUGAUUAAAAAGAGAAAAAGAUAAAGUGAUGGAAAAUUCCUCCAAGUUUAAUUUCCUGGGAAUCUGCAAAUAAAGCUCAGUUUCUAUUCUUUUUUUCAAAAUUAUAAUUUCACCGGUCUUGGGGUCCCUCGUCGGUUUUCUGUUCUCCAUUCUCCAUCUCCCUCCUUUUUUUUCCGUCGAGUCCGAUCGAAAACGAACCCAAUUUAAUUCUUCAUGAAAGGUUUUGGAUAGUAACUGAAGAGAGGUGUCAAAGUCCCAACAGUGAUCAGAUCAUUUUACAGGUGAAGUUUGGAAGAAUGAAACAGAUUGUUGGUGAAAUCUCUGGAGAGCUUCUGUAAAUAGAAACCUCGGAUUUGCAUUCUUGGUGACGGUUUGAGCAGUUUCCAAAAGAAUUCAAACCGGUUUUGUGAUUCUGGUUAAUCUCAGCGUUUGGUAAAUUUUCCUGCAAGUUCUCGAGUUGAAGAAACAGAGAUGGGCUGUGUUUCUUCUUGCUUUCGGGUCGAAGAAUUCGAGGAUUACGCGAAUCCUAGUAAUUCUGUAAAUAGAAACUGCCCAUGCCCUAGAUGUCUUGUUAAUAACUUCCUUAACCUGUAUAUCUCUUUGUUCAGAAGAGGCGAGACUCGCUCUCUCCCAUCUUCCUUACAAGCUACUACUGUAUCGAUAACUUCCUCUACUUCAUAUGAUAACUUUAUGUCUAACACAUUCCACUCUACUCCAAGGCCUCUGCCUUAUGAUGCUGAUCCAGGAUACUUCCGGUCACGGCGUGAUUCGCUUGUUUCAAGACGGGAUAAGGGUUCAAGUCAUUCUCAUGAGGAAGCUGAGCCCUUGAGAAGUGAUGCUGAUGUGGAUUCUGAGUCUUUCUCUGUCGAAGGAAGCAAAUGGGCUAAUAAGCUUAUCAUCUCUGGUGAAGAUUCCAAAGAAGAGUUCUCUAAAUCCACUCGGAGAACUCUUACGUCAAAGACAAUGGAUGCUGGCAACGAAGGCAUGUAUAUAAUGUCUGAUGAUGAAGAUGUUUGUCCAACGUGUCUUGAAGAAUAUACAUCAGAGAACCCGAAGAUUGUUACAAAGUGUUCUCACCAUUUCCACCUCAGUUGCAUUUACGAAUGGAUGGAGAGAAGCGAAAACUGUCCUGUUUGUGGAAAGGUAAUGGAGUUCAACGAAACACCGUAACUGAGAUUUUAUCACGGAUCCUGUCUUGGACUGCCUAAACUGAAACAGGGGAGAUCGACAAGGCAACAGAUAGAUGUGCAAAUUGAUUUGACUUGUGAAUACUGUUUAUUUACAAUGUAUGGUAUAUAUGUGAUGGAGAAAUGAGGAAAUGUCGCUCUGCACAGUUAGCUUAUGGAGUUAAGAAGAAACCCUCACGACAAACAGCAAAAACACACACAGGAACCUGAUGUUUCUCAUAAUAUGCCUCUGGUCCUGUGUUCUGUCCAAAGCUUGACUCUUUUUACAUCAUCUUGUAUGAAUUACUUAGCCCUUUUAUUAUUAAGUGUUAUUUAUAGAUUUGGCAUAGGAGAGAACCCCAUUGUAAUCCAAAAUGUUUCUCAUUACAUGCUUCUGGUGCAGUAAUUUGACAAUUAAGUUAUCAGGUUCAAUGGC